UGAUGUGCGGUGAUUGCCGCAAACUCAACGCGACCGUCAACGAGCAAACAACAUAAGCGCGACGGCCAGGACUCGAGCAGGAGCAGGACAUGAUGUCAGCGCUAAAUGAGAACAGCCUCAGCCCAGUUGCAACGGCGACGGCAACAGCAACUGCAACUGCAACUGCGGCAGCGGCAGCUGCUGCUGCUUCUGCUUCUGCUACAGCUGCAACUGUUGCCACAAGCAAGUGCUCUGCCACAACGACCACAAUGCUAACCACAAAAACGCCAUUUUCCAUCGAACACAUAUUAUUUCAAAACUUGAACAACAACAACAGCAACAACAACAACAACAAUGGCAAUCAAAAGUGCAACAAAUAUUCAGUGAAAAGUGCCAGGAGCAAUGCAAGCGCCAGCUCCAUAUCCGCCGUAUCAAAUACCUUAUCAAAUGGCAGUGCCAGUGCCAAUGCUAAUGCUAAUGCCAAUGCCAAUGCCAAUGCAAGUGCAUAUGACAAUAACAGAUACCCUGUAAAUCCAACAGCGACGGCCUCGACACGUCACACAAGCAGUCCGCAGCACUCGGCAGGGAUUUAUACCAGCGAGGAUUACGUCAAGUCCAUGCACAGCCAACGUGCACAUCAGCAAAGGUCAGCAGCCGCCCACUACGGCCACUCGAGCUCGGGGCCAGCCGGAGAGCCAAGUGUGCAACAGAUGACAGCAGCAGCAGCAGCAGCGGCGACUGCAGCACCUACAGCACCGCCUCCGCCUCCGCCAGCAGCGAGUGCCCCGAAUAGUGUGCUUUAUCCAAACGCUGGGUAUGGCGAUCAUGGCUUCUUGCAGAUGACCCUCGGCUAUUUGUCGCCGUCGUCGGGCACGUACAAGUCGGUGGAUCCCUACUUUCUGUCCCAAGCCAGCUUGUUUGGAGGAGCGCCCUUCUUCGGCGCGCCCGGCUGUGUGCCGGAGCUGGCCCUCGGCCUGGGCAUGGGCGUGAAUGCGCUGAGGCACUGCCGGCGCCGUAAGGCGCGCACCGUCUUCAGCGACCCGCAGCUGUCGGGGCUGGAGAAGCGCUUCGAGGCGCAACGGUAUCUGUCGACGCCAGAGCGCGUAGAGCUGGCCACGGCUCUGGGGCUGAGCGAGACGCAGGUUAAGACCUGGUUCCAGAAUCGUCGCAUGAAGCACAAGAAACAGCUGCGACGACGCGACACUGCCAAUGAACCCGUUGACUUCUCACGCACCGAGUCAGGCGGCAAGCAGCAGGGCGAGCCCCACAGCCCCCCAGCAGCAGCCACGGACGCCAAGGCCAAGCUGGGCCAGACAUCAAGUCAGCAGCAGCUGCAAAUGUGCUUCCUGCAGCAUGGCUACUCCACGGAUGACUACUCCGACCUGGAGGCGGACAGCGAGGAUGAUGAUAAUUCCAGCGAUGUGGAUAUUGUGGGCGACACGAAGCUCUAUCAGCUCACAUAGGACGCAGGCGUGUAAACAGUUGUCCAUUCAUAGACUUAACGUGUGCGAAAAAUACCAAAAUAUUUUAAAAAUACCACAUUUAUUAGCAAACAGAUAGAAAUUAAUAUAUGUAUACCAAAUACUUUGUAUUAUUUUAUCUCCUUUAUAGUUUCUUCUGGCAUUUUUGUUAAAUUAUUUAACGUUUCUGUUCUUGUUCGAUACGAACAAAAAUAUAUAUAUAAAAAACUUGUAAUAACUACUAAAAACAAAAAAUUACCAGAUUACAAAAGUUUGAAAUUACCAUCGGAUUUAAAAUUUCGAAAAAUUGUACUUUCAUAUCUUUUUGUAUUUAUUGAUUUUAUCCGUUCAAUACUUCACCUUAAUAUAUUUGUAUAUAAUUGUUCUUUUUAAAGAUUUUUCUUUGUUUUAAUUGUUGGUAUUUUUAAACAUAACGUUAAGUACUUAUAAUCUUUUAUCCUUGAAUUCAUUAUGCAUUUUCUUUACAAAUUAACAAUUUUCGGCUCUUUACCUGGAUUUUGGGUAUAUGGCAUUUUUUGCACAUUAGACAGACUAUAUCGGGUCUAUACAACUUUCAAGUUAUCAAACUCUGUAAAUAGCAACCACAAUAAGGACUUUCCAAUUGGGCGCAAGCCUAGUCACAGUUAAAUCUAAGCAAAAUAUACACAUACAUACACACACACAUAUAUACAUAUAUAUUAAAGUAUCACCAAAUACAGCUAGUGAUUUUAUUCGAGUACUUC